GCGAUCGUGUGUUGCUCCUCGAUGUUUUUGUUACUUGAUAGAAGAUAAGUAAAUGCAUUAAGAUACUCAAUUGGCUUCCGAAUCGAUUUCGAAGCAACUACUCUUCGAAGUGCGCGAGCUUUUCGAUUCGAAUAAGUAUUCGUUCGUUUGCUAAAUUAACAACCGUGCUUAGAUUUAAAUUACUAAAUUUAGUCGUUGAUCUGUGCUUGUAAUUGUGAACGUUACACGACAUUCGUAGUGUCGUCGUCAUCAUCCAAAAAUACUGUGACGCGAAAUUGUCUAAGUACGACUAACACGAGAGUAUAAGAUCUAGCCAUAGAAUUUAAUUAACAAUCGUAAGCAACAUCGUAAUUAUGGAUAAAACAAAAGCGACAAACAAGGAUUGGGAACUGCCACCCCUUCGUAGCUUGAACGAUUUUCUUUUGGAACCGUCACGUUUCCAGUUGCCCAAUUUUAAAGAUUUCGAGAAAUGGGGCAAUAGAGUAGUAAAUAAUCUUAUUUACUAUCAAACCAAUUAUCUUUAUAUGACAAUUACCAUAAUACUUCUUGUGGGGUCAAUAAAUCUAUCAAAAAUGUUACUUGGCUUGUUAGCCAUGGUAGUGAUUUGGGGCCAAUGCCUUCUUGUGUAUUCUGAAAAUCAUGGCAUACUGUAUGAAAUUAAAAAACAGUACCCGCUACUUCAAGUUAUUCUUCUUGUUCUUUGUCUAUGUUUUGUGUUUUACACCCUAUCUUCCAUACUUUUAUUGUUAUUUAGCCUGUUACUGUCGAUCAGCGUGAUUUUUAUACAUUCAUCAUUGAGAACAAGGAAUCUUAAGAAUAAGCUUGCCAACACGAUAGAGGGUAUUGGAUUGGAGCGUACACCAAUGGGUGUUUUCUUAAAAUAUUUUGAAAAUACAACUGGUUAUGCCUUGCGUACGCACACGACUUGACUUUUACUCGAUCGCUUCAGAAGUAACCCGUUUUGCGCAUCAAAUCAUAACAUCGUUGGGCAGUGAAUAUGUGUUAUUAAUAAUCAUUGAGUGGUUCCUUAACUUAAUGAGAAAAUGUUCCUGAAUAAAUAUCACGGUGAGA